UGAUGGUGCAGUCAAGAUGGCGCUGGCGGCGGCGGCGGCGGCGGUGGCCUGAACUGGGAUGAGCCAGCCCGCUCCUUGGCUGCGGCGGUGGCAGCGACGGCAGCGGCCGCUGGAGCCGCUAGGGCUGGGGCCAGGGCCUUGGGGCUCGUCUUAGGCCCGUCGCUGCUCUCCGGCGGAAGGCGCUCGGGACGGCCGGAGGGAAGACGAAGGAGCGAGCGCGGGUGCGCGGAGAGCGGCGGCGGCGGCGGCGGCUCCCCCCCUCACCAUGGCCGGGCUCAUCAAGAAACAGAUCCUCAAGCACCUCUCCAGCGACCCCUGCUGGCUGUGGUGGAGAUCUGUUUGCUGUGCAUUUCCCACUCAUGAGAACCAGAGGAAUCUAAGAAACCCUGGCAACUGACCACUUGCUUUCAUCAGGAAUAGGGGCAUUUUGUCUGAAUUCCCUGCCCUCAGGUUUACAAAGAAUUUGUCUCCUGAUAAGAUAAAUCUCAGUACUUUAAAGGGAGAAGGUCAGCUGACAAAUUUAGAAUUGGAUGAAGAAGUUCUCCAAAAUAUGUUGGAUCUGCCAACCUGGCUUGCUAUCAACAAAGUCUUUUGUAAUCAAGCAUCCAUCAGGAUUCCUUGGACAAAAUUGAAAACACACCCAAUAUGCUUGUCCCUGGAUAAAGUAAUAAUGGAAAUGAGCACAUGUGAAGAACCCCGGCUCCCUAACGGCCCAUCACCUAUUGCAACUGCUUCAGGACAGAGUGAAUAUGGUUUUGCUGAAAAAGUAGUAGAGGGGAUUACUGUUUCUGUAAAUUCUAUUGUCAUCCGAAUUGGUGCAAAAGCAUUCAAUGCUUCAUUUGAGCUUUCCCAGCUAAGAAUCUAUAGUGUCAAUACAAACUGGCAGCAUGGAGACUUAAGAUGCACUCGUAUUCAAGAUCUUCAGCGUGGAGAGAUUUUGACAUUUAAAGAAAUUAAUUGGCAGAUGAUCCGAAUAGAAGCAGAUGCUAUCCAAAGUUCUCAUCUUGAAAUCAUGAGCGCUCCAGUGCGACUAAUAACUAACCAAUCAAAAAUUAGAGUCACACUUAAAAGAAGAUUAAAGGACUGCAAUGUCAUAGCAACAAAGUUGGUGCUAAUAUUGGAUGAUUUGUUGUGGGUCUUAACGGAUUCCCAGUUGAAAGCAAUGGUACAGUACGCGAAGUCCCUUAGUGAAGCCAUAGAAAAGUCGACAGAACAGAGGAAGAGCAUGGCUUCGGAGCCUACCCAGAGCUCUGCGCCGGCUCCGAGUUCUCAACAAGUAAAGACACCUCACACGUCAGCUGUGCCUGACCUCAAUGAUACCAUUGCAAGACUCUUCAGUGAUUUUGAUGUUAAAGAAACCUCCCAUCACUUAGUCAUUUCUCAUCUAGAUCUGCACAUAUGUGAUGACAUUCACGCUAAAGAAAAAGAAUCUAGUAGACGUAUCACUGGAGGAGCCAUGCAACUCUCUUUUAGUCACCUAACUGUUGAUUAUUAUCCUUAUCACAAGGCAGGAGACAGUUGUAGUCACUGGAUGCAUUAUAGCGAUGCCACCAAGACCAAAAAUGGAUGGGCCAAAGAACUGUUGGAUGAGUUCAGCUACAACGUUGAAAUGCUUAAACAGGUUGUGAAGGAUCAUAAUGUUGAUUCUCCUCCCAAAUCCCCAACACAUGCUCCCCCUCAGCAUGUGCAAACAGGGAAAGAAUCAGUGCCCAAAGGGCUUUCUAGAACCUCUUCUACAUCAACUCAACAAUCAAAAGCUAAACUAAUGUCCAGUUCUGUGGUGGUUAGACUUGCAGAUUUCAAUAUAUACCAGGUCUCUACAGCUGACCAAUAUCGAUCUUCCCCCAAAACUAUGAUUUCCUGCAAUAAAAAAUCCCUCUAUCUUCCGCAAGAAAUGUCAGCUGUUUAUAUAGAAUUCACAGAAUACUACUAUCCAGAUGGCAAGGAUUAUCCCAUUCCAUGUCCCAACCUUUAUGUACAACUGAAUGCACUACAAUUUACUCUGGAUGAGAGAAGUCUUCUCUGGUUAAAUCAGUUUGUGUUGGAUUUAAAACAAAGUCUCAAUCAGUUCAUGGCCAUGUACAAGUUGACUGACAAUUCAAAGUCUGAUGAACACGUUGAUAUUCGAGUUGAUGGAUUAAUGCUUAAGCUUGUCAUUCCUUCAGAGAAGAAAUCGGAAUGCCAUCAAGAUCAACCGCGUGCAGUUUCUAUUCAAAGUUCUGAAAUGAUUGCCACCAAUACGAGGCAGUCUCCCAACUGCAGGCGUUCUGAUUUAGAAGCUUUGUUCCAAGACUUCAAAGAUUGCAGUUUCUUUAGUAAAACGUAUACUAGCUUUCCCAAAUCUUGUGAUAAUUUUGAUCUCCUACAUCCAAUCUUCCAGAGACAUGCUCACGAACAAGAUACCAAGAUGCAUGAUGUUUAUAAAGGCUAUGUUACUCCCAGGUUAAACAAAUACACUCUUAAGAUGUCAGCAGCCACUGAUGUCUGGGCUGUGCACUUCUCCCAGUUCUGGAUAGACUAUGAAGGAAUGAGAAGUGGAAAGGGGCGGCCGGUGAGCUUUGUUGACUCCUUUCCCCUUUCCCUCUGGAUUUGUCAGCCCACCCGAUUUGCCGAGUCCCAGAAAGAGUUCCAGUCUUGUAAUCCGACGCCUUUAAACAUUUCAAAAAGUGAGUCUAGCGAUCUGGCCAGUCGCCUGAAGCGCAAGAAGCUCCUCAAGGAGUAUUACAGCACAGAGUCUGCGCCCGUGAGCAAUGGUGCUCAGAGCGUGCCUCCCUCCGAAGCUUUCACGGCUUCACUUCCUGCCCCAUCUUCCCCAAAUGCUGACCUUCAUGUCUUGGUUCACAUUCAGAAACACGUCAGUAUGCAGAUCAAUCACUACCAGUAUCUGUUCCUGCUUUUCCUCCAUGAGUCACUUAUUCUGCUUUCUGAGAACUUAAGGAAAGAUGUGGAAGCAGUGACUGGCAAACCUGCCACGGAGGCCUCCCUGUGUGUGGGCAUUCUACUGAAAAGUGCGGAGGUCGCUCUGCUACUCCACCCCUUAGAUCAGGCCCAUUCAUUUAAGUCUCCCCUGUCUGAAGGCCAAGGCCCAGCGGUCCCUGAAGAAUCACCUGUAGACAUUGGAGAAACUCCGAAAUCCCAAAGGAAGUCUGUUCCUGGGGCCGUGGAACCUGCAAGAAGUUCAGGUGUUAACAUGAUGGCAGACAAUAGGUCCAUGAGUGUUGAUCUGAGCCAUGUCCCCACCAUGGAUCCAUGUCUUUUUAAAUCAGCCAGCGAUACAAAUCUGCAGAAAGGAAUGUCCUUUUUGGAUUCGUCAGAUAAAAGCUUAGGGAAAAUAACUGAAGAUGAGAGUACCGGGCUAGGUUACAGAAGUGGGACAGAAGAGGUCUUUACAGAAAUAAGGGACAAAACCAGCUCAUCUUCCACAGAUUCACCUCAUGUCUUAGAUGACAAAGAAGAGUCUAGAACUUUCUUAAUUGAUAAAGAUAAUGAACAAAACACGUUUCCAAAUUGUUUAAUGGAUAAAGCAAAUGGAACCACAGACUCUUUGAUCCCAGAGACUGCUUUACUCUCUGAGGAACAAGAGCUAAAUAGAGAUCAGGCAUCCACAGUUAGAAUGUUUACAUCGCAAUCCUCUUUAAGUGGAAAGCCUAAGGAACGCUGCCCGCCCCUUGUACCUGCAUUCUCUGUUUCUUAUAAAAACAUGAAGAGAAGUCCAUCCCAAGUCUCACUGGAUGCCGUUUCAAUUGACAGCAUGAUGCUGGAAGAACAACUUCUAGAGAAUGAUAGCCAUAUAUUUUUGGAAAAAGGUAUUGAAGAGAUCUCACAUAUGAGUUACCAGAGCCCAUUAGAAAAUACCAGCAUUGGUGCAAAGAUUCAGAAUUGUGUGGAGUCCUCUCCAGACGCCAUCAGCACAAAUUCAGAGAGUGCUCAGGAAAAUCAUGAGGAUAUGAUGUCAGUUGUGGUGUUUAAAAUCACUGGCAUUAAUGGGGAAAUUGACAUCCGAGGAGAAGAUACUGAAAUCUGCCUUCAGGUGAACCAGGUGUCUCCCAGCCAGCUAGGCAACGUCAGCAUUCGGCAGUAUCUUUGUAAUCGUCCAGUAGGUUCAGAUCGUAAAGCAGGGGUUGUGCCUGCAAAGUCCUCGCCCGAGAUUACCCUGAGGUUUGAAAGUGGCCCGAGUGCUGUCAUACAUUCCUUGCUAUCGGCAAAAAAUGGAUUUUUGCAGUGUCACAUAGAAAAUUUUAGCACUGAGUUUUUAUUUUCUUCUCUUAUGAAUAUUCAACAUUUUCUGGAGGAUGAGACUGUCGGAACAGUAAUGCCCAUGAAGAUCCAAGUUUCCAAUACAAAGAUACAUUUGAAAGAUGACAGCACCCACAGUGAUUCGGUAACCCCCGGCCCACCUCCCGUGGUGCUCCAUAUCGAUCACCUGGUGGUUGAGAGGCAGGACGAUGGCUCUUUUCAUAUCCUAGAUUCUGGACUGCUGAACACCACAAGUGUGUUGAAAGACCCCGUCCAUCAAAGCGUUGGAGACCACGGACUGAAGAAAUGGCCAGCUGUCUCUCAAGCAACUCAGACGUGGCCAGAAGUGCCUGAGAGUGCUCUAGACCCUAGCAGCAAAAAGCUCAUGGAAGAAAAUGAAUGUCUCAAGCAGGAACUGGCUAAAGCUAAAACAGCUCUCGCGGAGGCUCUCCUGGAAAAAGAUGCCCUGCUCCAUCAUCUCAAGAAGAAGGCCACCGAGACCCAGGACUGAGCAUGUAGUGAGCCAGCCAGCAAGGGAAGGAGGGAGGGAGGGAAUGAGCAAAGGAGAGAGCCAGCAAGCAGGGGAGGGGGGGAGGGGAGGAGGGGGUCGAAGGAGCCAGUGAGCAAGUUGAGGGAGCAAGCCCUUGGUUGAGUGCCCCAGAAUCAGAGGGGACGCAGCUGUGAGGUGGGGCUUUCCUGAUUUUGGGAGGGCUUUUUCGUGAAAAGUGCAGGGAAGAUUGUUUCCAAACCAUUUUUACAAAGGAUUAGGUAUGAACAUUGAAAUUGUUUUCAUUUUGUUUGCUGUUGCUUCACUCCCUUUUACACUGAUGUGAUCCAGGGAAUUCAGUACAUAUUGUAAAAUACUUGCAUACUUAAUGAAAAAAAAAUCAUCUCCUAGUUUUAAUAUUGUAGGAAAUAUUUUUUAAAAAGGACAACUUGAAUAUGUAUUCUGUUAACAUGGGUUGCUGAAUUUAUUUCCCUGUACUAUUUGUUAACACGCUGUUAUUUACAAAAAUUCCGAUAUUUUAGUGUUGAUGUAAAAUUAAGAGAGGGAGCUUUCUUUUUCACUGUUCAUAAAAUAAUGUAUUUAAAUCUAUAACUUGUUAAUGUAAAAAAACCAAGACCAAUCAGAUCGAUACAUUGUAUAAUAUUACUGUUUAUAAAUCUUGGAAAAUCGUUUCCCCCUGCUGACCUUGUGAAGUCACAUGAAAAUGUGAAGGAAACUGUUUGUGAUGGGUGAGCUGUGUGACCAAGCUAUCACUUUCAACACAAAGAUGGUACAAAUGUAUAAAUUUAAAAAAGCACAAAGUUGUACAAACUAGUGAAAUCUUAGCAGAUGCUGCCAAAUGAUUUAAAAAUCAAUUUGUACAUUCCUUUGACACUUGAUUGGUCAAAGUACAUGACCCAAUGUAUGUUGUUCAAUUUGGCAGUCAGUGCUUGACGGGACAUGUCUUAACAAAUCCUCUGUACGUGCUUUCUUCCCUCCUGGACCCAAGUGUGUUGGAAGAGUUUUGUUUUCACACACAGAAGAUAAUUUUGCACAGUUGUUUCUUUGAUGCCCGAUUAGGUGGGUGUUUACACGUUCUGAAUUUAUAAAGUUGAUUUUGAUUAAAAUUUUACCUGGAAUAUG